GAUUCCGGCAGGGAUGCAUUGAGUUGAGCUUGGCUAUUAGGUAGGGUGAGCUGGGAUAUUGCAUAUGAGGUUCGCUGUCAUGGUGGACACAUCUAGAAAGACAUAAUGUUUUCAUGGGGAGAAAUUAAUUUUGCGAAAACAAAUGUAUUGUCGGAAAUCAGAGAAUCAGAGAAUGGCAUUCAGUUCGUACCAACGUGCAGACCAAUAAUAACAAGUUUCUCUGCCACUAAAUCAACGGUAACGUUUACCAAAAGUGAUGGAAUUUCAUAUUUUCUUCGGCGGCAAAGGAACCAAGAUGGAAAUGUGAGAUUCGGUAAAACCAAGAGCAUCAAGUGCAAACACGCCGUAGCUUCAAGUUCUGGAGACUCUAGUCUUCUCCUGCUGUCCCGGGAUGGCUCUGUCUUCGGUGUGGAACUCAGUGAAUCCGCCGAUCCAAGAUCGCUCCAAAACUUCUUUAAAAAAAGGAUAAUUCAGGUCGCAUGUGGAGACCAACAUUCUAUCGUUUUAACUGAAGAUGGACAAGUAUUGUCUUGGGGCAGCAACACUCGGGGACAACUGGGUCUCACCCUCCAAGAGACCUCUGUCGUCCCGUCCCCUACACCAGUGGCAGCCCUGUCAGGGGUACCCCUAGUCCAGGUCACCGCUGGGGGAGCCCACACUCUGGCCUUGUCGGUCUCUGGAACCGUAUUCGGCUGGGGGCAGAAUGACGCCGGGCAACUGGGUCUUGGAGACACGACAGACAGAUAUACUCCAGUGACGGUUGAUUCCCUCAACCUUAAGAAGACUGUUUCCAUUUCUUGUGGUGAAAGACACACUGCUGUUCUGACAAAGGGAGGUGUGGUGUUGACCUUUGGCAGCGGUGGCUGUGGGCAGCUGGGACACAACUCUCUGUUGAAUGAGCUGACACCUCGUGUGGUGGCUGAACUCUGGGGCGCAGCGGUCACCCAGGUCUCCUGUGGCAGCAACCACACCAUGGCAUUAGUAGGCCCAACAAAGAAGAUCUAUUCAUUUGGUCGUGGAGAAGAAGGCCAGCUUGGAAACAGGCUCACCACAGACUGUUCGGUGCCUCUGCCUGUUCUGCUGCCUCAUGAUGACCGGAGUAUUCAGCGAAUAUUUGCUGGAGGAAACCAAUCUUUUGCCCUCUGUUCCCUCAGUCAGGAGCCCGAGAAGGUUCUUCCUGGGAUUAUUACAGUUCUUGAUAUGGACACCAUUGACUUCUGGCUCUCAAAGUGUAAGCAAUCGAAUUCAUGGCAGAAAAUCAAAGGACAGAUCAAGGAUAUAUUCUCAUCUGCAUCUUCCUUGAACGCCAGCUUUCUUGACAGAAGCGCUGAUAAGCACUACCAGACCUCACCCAGCUGCUCUGGCUUGGACUUGGUUCUUGUCAACAAAGCUCUGGCCAAGCUAGCAACAAACACUGAAGUGCUACUGGAGGUGGAGACCGUCGUCCGAGACUGUCUCCUGCCCACGUUGACUGGGCAGCCGGUCGGAUUGGAAGGCCUGAGGGUUUACUACCUGCUCGUGGAGCUGCUGCAAGUGCUGCUCAGAGACCACUUUGGUGAAAUGCUCUCCGUGAGGGUGGCUGAUGCCUUCCUCUCUCUGCACCAAGACAGACUGGAAGUCCUCGUUGGACUAUGGUCCUGGACACCUAGCUUCUUCCGAACCGCAGUCGAGACCUUCUGCAACGUGUCCAGGAAGCACCUCUCAUCCAUAGAUGUGGGGACCAUCUCGAGAACCGUUUUCUUUAUGAAGACGGCAGACAUUUUGCAAAGGCUUCAUUAUGCCAGCAGUAGCGGUUCACGGUGCCUCGAAGAUAGUGUUUUCCAUGUGACGAUAGACAUAGAUAAGGCGAGUAUUCAAGGACUUCUUACCCUCUCUCUCUCUCUCUUGGUAGUAAUGUAUUUCUUCAAUUGGAUGGUAGAAAUGCAAAGAUCCCAUACUGAUCUGGGGUUGGUGGAAGCCAUGGAUGAGACACUUACAGCCAUAAAAUCUAUUGAGAGUUGCCUAUUCCGCCUGGUGAAGUACCCUUGCAUUCUACCCAUAGAAUGCAAGAUGAAGCUGUGGAUCAGUCAUCUGAAUAGCAUCAAGUAUUUGCAGGCAGGAGUCUUUCAAUUCAAUGUCAACCGGGGCACAGUGCAGCAGGACACUUUUCAAUUUCUGCGGACGUCAUCCCAUGACCCAAAAUCAAAGCUUCAGGUGAAGUUUAAUGGGGAAGAUGGUGUUGAUGAUGGAGGUGUGUCAAUGGAGUUCUUUCACCUCCUUGCUAAAGAACUUCAGAAGGCAGAACCACAAAUACUAGAAGUGAACGAGCACGGAGUGGCCUGGUUCAGCAAGAAUGUCGCCCAGCUGACUGAUGAGUUCUUCCGACUGGGCACGCUCUGUGGCAUGGCUCUGCAUAACCAGUGCCUGAUGAACAUCCCCUUCCCCUUGGCUCUCUUCAAGAAGCUCCUGGGCUUGAAGCCAACCCUGGACGACCUCAUGGAGCUGUCGCCAACUGUUGCACAAAGCUUAAAGGAACUGUUGGACUAUGAAGAGGAGGCUGUUGAGGACCUACAGUUAGAUUUCGGAGGGGAUGCAGGUUUGGAUCUUCUACCCAAUGGACAGUCCAUUCUAGUGACCAAAGUCAACAGGCAGAAAUAUGUGGACCUCCAAGUGGACAUGGUGUUCAGCCGCUCGGUGGAGCAUCAGUUCAGGAAGUUUGAAAGAGGCUUCUCUAGAGGCUGCCCUUCACCUGCAUGGAGAAUGUUCCUCCCUGAUCAACUCAUGAUGCUCCUCAAAGGAGAGGAGGUCUUCAACUGGGAUGAUCUGAGACAGAAUGCAAAAUAUCAAGGCUGUACAUCCAAUGAUGAAGUCAUCCAAAACUUUUGGAUUGUCUUGGCAGAGUUCUCCGUGGAGCAGAAGGAGGACUUCCUCAAAUUCCUAUCUGGAACGGACAGAAUUCCCAAAGUUCGCAGUUCAACAAUCAAGAUAAUCAUCAAGUUGUCGUGUUACCCAGAGCCUGAGCUGUACUAUCCAAUGGCCGCGACAUGCUACUGGACUUUGAUUCUCCCCAACUACAGGAACAUCCAAACACUUCGUCAGAAACUCCUUCAUGCGGUCAAGUAUUGUGAUACUUUUGGAUUACAAUGAAACCUAAUCGAGACUGCUACGUAUGGUGGCAUAUCAAUGGACAAAUUUGCUGAUUAUAAUUCGAAUCAUAUAAAUUUCACUUGUGGUUGGUGGACCACAGAAUUCUGAAAUUGGGACAAAGUAGAAAGCUGGCUUGUGUUAAUUGCACUAGAGACAGUGUUUCCCCUAGGAUUGAGCUACAGCAGCGGCGUUUAAAUGGAUUUUUUUGCUGGCAAAUCUUUUUGUGUGCUCGCAAAGCGCUGCCUGCCGGGAGGUUUCUAUGCGUCUGCCGGCACCAAAAGGGUGUACAUACAGUACAUUUGUGCACAUUAAUGAGCAGGGAAAAAUAUGGAGAGAUUGAACAUAAUACAAGUAGAAUCUUUAAAACAACUAUUUACAUUUAUUUUACAAAAGAUAUAUUAUAUCAACAACCAGCCUAUACAGUAAAAUCACAUAACACAAAUACUACAACAAUCGAGAAGGUCUGUGCCUCCAACCAAUGCAUCUUCCCCUCUCCCCAUCACAAAGGUCGUAGUAGGACCAUAAAGAGGCAAUGCUUCUGUUGAACAAGUUUUGGGGCUCUAGAGUCAAUAGUGGCGAUGCUACUGAAAUAGUUGCUAUAAAAAAAGUAUAUUGAUUUUCGCUAAAAAGAAAUUCCUUAAAUAUAAGUAGAGAUAUAUUUUUCAAAACUAAAGGUUGCAAUAACCAUGCCUAUAUGGAAAUCGCUUUGGGGCUCUAGAGUCAAUAAUGGCGCCGCUAUUUAAAUUUUACCAUUGUGCUCGUUUUCAGUUGUGCACUUUGCAGACAGUCCCUAAGCUUGCGGUUGAAAGCCUACAGCUCACAGAAGCCAAUGCAAUUCACCGUUCCCUAAAGACGGCUCGUUUGGAUGAAAACCAUGUUGUAGAUGGUUCUAUAGGUUACUACAUUACUAGAGGUGCUUAGCUAGAGGGGUCAAUUGUGUCGCAACGAUGUUUCACUGAUGAUCUAUUGAACCGCAAACUCUGAAUCUGCCAAUUUAUUUUCAACUUUACGGAAGUUCCUCUCCGUUCAUUUACUCACAGGUGUGUGAAUUGACCUUGAUAUAAAGCUUCCGUAGGGCAAAAUAACAUUAGUUUUUUAAAGAGAUAAGACGGAGCUCUGCUCUCCUCUCCGUUUAUAUGCUUUACUCAAAAGUGUGAAUUGACCUGGAUAUGAAGCGCAUAUCCAGCGUCCGUAGCGCACAGAAUGUUAUUUUAUUUUACCACAGCUGGCAGGCAACUAGCUUCUGGCCACGUGUGCAGUGACUCACCUGGAUUCCUGGCAAGCUCUGGUCCUUCUCUCUCUUGUUGAGGGAUAGCCCAAGCGUUGGGGUAAACGGUAGCCUGUCCCGUUGGGUUAUUGUGUGACAUAUAACAUAGACGAACACUUGACAGGCAUACACGACAAAGGAGUGGUCACGUUCCCUGUAGGAAUCCCUAAUCCUGGUACUGUCCUUGUAUAUGGGCAAACAGGUUUUACAAAAUCGUAUGGUUUCUGAAUUGCAACCAAGUCUGGGCAUCAUGCUGUCUAUCCAGACACCAUCUUGCUUCUGUCCGCCAUCGUGGAUCCCUCAGGUGACCAUAAUCAAGGCCAAUCAAGGGAGCCACUCCCACAGUUAGCACGACAACCAGUUACCCACCAACACAACAUUACCCAACAGUAGGAUCGUGACAGUAUUUUAAAGAGAUAAGCUGAAGCUCUCCUCAUCUCUCGUUAAAAAAAGAAAUUCAUGAAAUUCAUCAUGCAAAAACCAAACAAAAAAAACUAACAUCAAAUUCAUCAUGUAUAUAGGGGAAACACUGAGGGAGCUGGUAUGUGCUAAGCUAACAACCAACAAUAAUGAUCAUUAACAGAUAGACAAGGCAACGGUUUUACAAUGCGUGAAGCUUAAUGGCUUCGUUCCAGAAGAGAAAAAAAGCUACUUGCAGUUUUAUGCAAUGCCGUGCUGAUUGCAUGAUUAUGUUAUUGUAUUUACACAGGUAACACUGCAUUGUUCUUGGUAAACCAAGAACCAUGAAUUAAUAAUGUUAUGAAGAAGUCAUCAUGAAUAAGUAAACGCCUUAUUAAUAUGAUCACCAAAGGCCUGCAUUAACAACAGACUAGUCAUAGUAUUCAUUUUCAAUUUUACAGUAGACAUGUGAUUAUAUGUUGGAAAUGUAUUAAAUAAUGUUGCUGCUUUGAUUACUAUCAGAAUGUAAAAAGGUAUUGACUACAAGGUUAAUAGAUUAAUAAGAUGUACUUUUUGAGUGACUUUCUAUGCAACUGUACACUGUUGGUCAAAGGCUAAUGUCUUAGCAAAAGAGUUUCUGUUGAAUUAACUAUAAUUUCUAACCAAUUACAUUUUACAACACAUGCUUUUCACAAUUAAUACAUUUAACUUUUCACUGUAUUUGCAAAUAUACCUGGGAAAUAAAAUAAUUCUGACUCAAGUAAA